UACUCGCACACCCAUAACAUCACAGUCACCGCAUACUCGCCGCUGGGAUCUGGAGAUCUAAUCAAAGAGCAAAAGCUUAUUGACAUCGGAAAGAAAUACAACAAGAGUUCGGCUCAAGUGAUGAUCAGAUGGGAGAUCCAGAGGGGAGUGAUUGUGAUCCCCAUGAGUGUGAAGAAGCAGUACAUUAAGGAAGACUUCGAGGUCUUUGACUUCACGCUAUCCGAUGAGGACAUGAAGAAAAUCCCAUCU